AACUAGUUUUUGUUUAAAUAGCAAUUUAUUUUUUUGCAUAAAUUCGAAAAUGGGCUAUGAUGAUCGUGAACGUGACCGUGACCGCGAUCGCCGUCGCCAUCGUUCACGCUCUCGUGACCGCCAUCGCGAGCGUUCCAGGGACCAUCGUCAUCACCGCAAUUCGCGCCGUAAGCCAUCUCUCUACUGGGAUGUGCCGCCACCAGGAUUUGAGCACAUUACUCCGAUGCAGUACAAAGCAAUGCAGGCCUCCGGACAGAUACCGGCCAGCGUUGUCCCAGACACUCCUCAGACAGCCGUGCCCGUUGUCGGUUCAACCAUAACCCGCCAGGCGCGUCGCUUGUACGUCGGCAACAUUCCGUUUGGCGUCACCGAGGAGGAAAUGAUGGAGUUCUUUAAUCAGCAAAUGCAUUUAGUUGGCCUGGCCCAAGCAGCCGGCAGUCCAGUACUUGCUUGCCAAAUAAAUUUGGACAAAAAUUUCGCUUUCCUUGAGUUUCGUUCAAUAGACGAGACCACUCAAGCAAUGGCUUUCGAUGGCAUCAAUUUAAAAGGGCAAAGCCUGAAGAUUAGGCGCCCGCAUGAUUACCAGCCUAUGCCGGGCAUAACAGAUACUCCGGCCAUUAAACCCGCUGUUGUUUCCAGUGGAGUUAUCUCGACGGUGGUACCAGACUCGCCCCACAAAAUAUUUAUUGGCGGUCUGCCCAACUAUUUAAAUGACGAUCAGGUUAAGGAACUGUUGCUCUCAUUUGGAAAGCUACGUGCAUUUAACCUUGUUAAAGACGCUGCUACUGGCUUAUCAAAAGGGUACGCUUUCUGUGAAUAUGUAGACCUAAGCAUCACCGACCAGUCGAUUGCUGGCUUAAAUGGUAUGCAACUGGGCGACAAGAAACUUAUCGUACAACGUGCCAGCGUUGGGGCCAAGAACGCUCAGAAUGCCUCAAACUCUAGUCAGUCCGUUAUGCUGCAGGUGCCAGGACUGUCGACGGUCGUUAGUAGUGGUCCACCCACAGAGGUGCUUUGUCUGCUUAACAUGGUCACUCCCGACGAGCUGCGCGAUGAAGAAGAAUACGAAGACAUACUGGAGGACAUCAAGGAGGAGUGUACAAAGUAUGGUGUGGUGCGAAGUGUCGAAAUACCACGGCCCAUCGAGGGCGUUGAGGUACCCGGAUGUGGCAAAGUUUUUGUCGAAUUCAAUUCGGUCCUCGAUUGUCAAAAGGCACAACAGGCCCUUACCGGACGCAAGUUCAGCGAUCGCGUCGUUGUUACUUCAUACUUUGAUCCUGACAAAUACCAUAGACGCGAAUUUUAGAUAAAAACUACAAAAAAAAAACAAACAAAAAAACUAACACUAAAUCAUAUUUCUCACAUUCACCGAUGUUCAAUAAAAUUACACAUAAUAAACAACAACAAUGUAUGACCCGACGUGUGU